AUGGCUAUAGCUCGUUAUGGCUAUAGUUACAGGUCAAACGAAUAUAUGUCAGAUUUAUUCAAAACAAUGUUUCCAGACAGUCGCAUAGCUACUGACUUUGUUAUGCGCUCUAAGAAAGUAUCGUAUGUAAUAGCACAUGGAAUUAGUGUUUAUUUUCAUGAUGAAUUAGUUAAAGAUGUGAAAAAAUCCAAUGGUUACUCAUUAAUUUAUGACGAAACAACUACGGUGGGUGUAAAAAAGCAAUUAGAUAUUUAUUUAAGAUACUGGAGUGAAGAACAUCAUGGUGUUGUAGUUCGAUAUUUCAAAAGUAUUCUUCUUGGGCAUGCAACAGGUGCAAUCAUAAGUAAAGAAAUAAUUGACUCAUUGAAAACUGAUGGUAUUGAUAUUAAAAAAUUAUUGAUGCUAGGAAGAGAUAAUCCCAAUGUUAAUAAAACUGUUGAAAAUAUUAUUGAUAAAGAAAUAAUGAAUGAAAGAAGAAAACAAUUAUCGAGUAAUAAUGGUAAUGAUGAUCAAAUACUUGAUGGUUUAUUCCGUAUUGGGUCCCGUUCCGCAGCACGUAGAGAAGAUUUUGUUUGCGUUGCUGAAUCGAUAUGUGAUUCAGUAGCGAAAGUUAUGUUAAGAUUUGUUAAUACGAGGUGGAUUGAGAUUGGUAAUUGUAUUGAACGGGUAUUACAGCAGUGGGAUAUAAUAGCAGAGUAUUUCUUAGUGUUCAUGCCACAACAUUGUAAAUCAGAUAUAGAAAACUGUGAUCGUUAUAGACGUGUUAAACUAUAUCUGACAUCAACAAUAUCUAAAAUUCGAUUAGAGUUUUUGUUGUAUAUAUCAAGAACAAUAUUUAAAAAAUUUUUAACAUGGUUUCAACAAGAAGGUCCACUAGUUCAUAUGUUAUAUGAUCAGUGCAGUGAUUUAUUGAAAACAGUAUGCUUAUCAUUUAUUAAAAAAGAUGUUAUUGAAAACAAAACCGUUGACGAAUUGUUGAAUCUUAGUUUUGAUUUACAAAACAACCACCAACAAAACUCAACGGUUGAAAUCGGUGAAAUGGCAAGAAAAUCGUUAAAUAAAUUGACUAUUGAAGAGAAAAAACAGUUUUUUGUUGAUGUGCGCUCAUUUUAUUGUAAAAUUACUAAAGAAUUGAUUCGUACAUUACCAUUGAAAAAUAAACUAUUAAAAGAUUUGAAAUGUAUCCAGCCAUCAAUGAGAAAUGAAGAUGAAAGUAGCUCCUGCUAUUUAAGACUGGCACGAUCAAUGCCACAAUUAACUAGUACAACGGAUAUUGAUCGUUUAAAAUACGAAUGGAUAUCCUACACAUUAGAAACAAUACCAAAUGAAUGGAUUGUGAAAAGCAAAUUUACAGAUGAUUAUGAUUUAGCACAUGUUGUAUAUCAUUCGAUGGAUUAUUACUGGAAUAAAGUAUUUUUAUUGACAGAUGAACUGGGUGUUCCAAAAUAUAAUACAACAGCUAAAUUAGUCAAAUGUUUAUUAUCAUUAUCGCAUGGGAAUGCUGAUGUAGAGCGCGGCGUUAGUGAAAACAGAAAUAUUAUUAGUGAUGAUCGAUCAUUAUUAAAUCAAGCAUCUAUCAAUGGUUUACGCACAACAAGCUCAGCUGUGAGGUUAUAUGGCGAUGGACAACCUCAUAAAAUGCCUAUUUCAAAAUUACUUUUAUCAGUAGUCUCAAAUUCAUCUGUUAAUUAUCAAAAAUAUCUUGAGCAACAAAAGAAAAUUUUACACGAUGUUGCUCAAAGUAAUAAGAACAACGAAAAAAAAGAUAUCGUAGAAAAAGAGACCGAUUUGUUAGAUGUACAAAAACUUCUUCAACAGCAAUUUGAUAAUGCACAAAAAUAUCUACAUGAAGGAAAUGAAAGAUUAAAACACGCUAUCCAAAAUCGUGAUUUUAAUGAAGUUGAUAUCGCACAAAUGUUUAUUGAAAACAGCAAUACAAAACUAAUGUCAAUACGUGAAGAAAUAGUCGAAAAUAAUGAUGAAUUAAAUAAAUUGAGAAAAAAACUUAAAAAAUGA